GCCUCUAAUCUUGCCCGUAGUCAUAACGGCGCACGGAUUCAUACCCGAACAGCUCCUGAGACCGACGAGAAGUACACAGAAGAACUACAAUUCGGCACCAUGAUAACUUUCUCAAGGUUGUUUGUUAGUUUACUACUUUUCGCGGCGUGCCUUCUUACUGUUUCAGUCUCCACUGCGAGCGCUGACAUCUGUGAAGUAAAUGUGUGCUUGAAUGGAGGAACCUGUGUCAAUGAAACAGGAAAAGAUCCCUUUAAAUGCAUUUGUGCUGAAGGAUUCACCGGACCCACCUGCAACGAGACAGAUAUUGGGCCCUGCAACCCUAACCCUUGUAAAAACGAUGGCUUCUGUGAGAUCAUCAACUCCCGAAGAGGAGACGUCUUUAGUGAAUAUGUCUGCAAGUGUUCAAUAGGCUUCGAUGGAAUCCACUGCCAGAACAAUGUGAAUGACUGUGCCGGCCAGCCCUGUCAGAACGGAGGCACCUGUCGAGAUCUUGAUGGUGAUUUCACCUGUAAAUGUCACUCACCCUUUGUGGGAAAGCACUGCCAUCUGCGAUGCAUCUCUCUGCUGGGAAUGGAAGGAGGAGGCAUCGCAGAGUCUCAGAUUUCUGCCUCUUCUGUGUACUACGCUAUUCUGGGACUGCAGCGCUGGGGGCCCGAAUUGGCACGACUGAAUAACAAGGGACUCGUUAAUGCUUGGACCUCUGCGACACAUGACAAGAACCCCUGGAUCGAGAUCAACCUGCAGAGGAAGAUGCGUUUCACUGGCAUCAUUACCCAGGGUGCCAGUCGCAUGGGCACAGCCGAGUUCAUCAAAGCCUUCAAGGUAGCGUCCAGUUUGGACGGGCGAACCUACACCAUGUACAGAGCUGAGGGCCAGAGCAACGACAUGAUCUUUGUUGGUAAUAUGGACAAUGAUGGGACAAAGACCAAUUUGUUCGAGCCUCCGAUCAUAGCUCAGUACAUACGAAUCGUUCCCGUUGUGUGCCGUAAAGCGUGUACACUGAGACUGGAGCUGGUGGGCUGUGAACUCAACGUGUAUUUGAACACGACAGGUUGCUCCGAGUCGCUAGGUAUCAAGUCCCGGCUAAUUGAUGACGGGCAGAUGACAGCCUCCAGCUCGUUCCGCACCUGGGGGAUCGAGGCGUUCACCUGGCACCCGCAUUACGCUCGUCUGGACAAGCAGGGCAAGACCAACGCCUGGACAGCAGCCAUUAAUGACCGCUCCGAGUGGCUGCAGGUGGACCUGCUCAGACCAAAGCGCAUCACAGGGAUCAUCACGCAAGGGGCCAAAGACUUUGGUAAUGUGCAAUUUGUGUCCGCCUUUAAAGUGGCUCACAGUGAUGACGGCAAGUACUGGACCAUUCUCAAAGACGACAAGACGAAAACAGAUAAGAUUUUCCCUGGCAACAGUGACAACAACGUGCACAAAAAUAACAUGUUCGAGCCCCCCUUCUACGCACGAUUUGUCCGCAUCCUGCCGUGGGCGUGGCAUGAACGCAUCACCCUGCGAAUGGAGCUGCUGGGCUGCGAAGAGUAGAACUCUUCUUUCUCUUUCUCUCUCCUUCUCUUUUAUACUUCCCACCAUUCCUUCUUCCUUCAACCAAGCCUGCACUGCCUCACUCUUAGCAACAGAGGGCACCAUCAUCACACCACCCUACACCGCUGAAGAUGAACUCAAUGAUUAUUUACACUAGAUGACCAUAUUAGGAAAUAACUUAAGUUUUGACAACUUUAUUGUUACAAUUGAGUUGUAACAAUUCGAUUUCUUUCCUUUUUUUGUCAAGUAAAACUAAAACUCAGUUUUUCUCUGAAAAAAGAAACCGUACAUACCAAAUAAGUCACAAUUUAUUUAUUUUUCACAAGAAUCAGUGUGUUGGUUUGGUUUUAAAUGCAGUCAAGCUGUUUUAUAUCUUAUCUUAUGAAGUAGUUUAAAUUAGAAAGUGACAAAAGUCACAAAAUAUGGUUGUGAUUUAUGCUAAUUUGUAUAUUAUGUAAUAAAAGUAGCCAUUUGAUCAUUUGUUUAUGCUAUCAAAUAAUAUUUGGUUUAAAUCAAUAAAAAAUUUUAACUAGGCUAAUGCAUUUUUUUACAGCCUCAUCAAACCUAAAUAUAAAAUGACAGUCAAUCGUCUAUUAUUAUUUGAUCACUUUUGAUUAAUUUGAAUGGCCACAGAUCUCAGGUGCAGUUCAAUUAUUUGCAGUGUGCUACUGAAUUUUUAUUUGUUCAAUUUUAUUCCAGCAUAAUUAUGAAAUAAAACACUUUUUUUUUGAUACAGCCAAAGCCAAGCCAAAGUGGUCUAAUGUUUUUCCUAUUAUGGUAGCAAAUGUGUGUAUAUGUUUUAUUUUUAUUUUUUAUAUGGGGCCACGCUUAGAUUAUAAGCUUUGAUGUACACUGUCACAAGCUUGGUCGCAUAAUGAGAUGCAGGACGGGUGCAAAUCUAAUUUAGAAUAAUUUUUACGGUGGCACUGAACCUCUAAUGUGAUCGUCCAGUCUACAUAGUGUUUUCAAAAUGAUGCAUUGUGACCCCUCACCCCAACCCGUCCACUCGAAUAAAUGUACAAUUUUGGGCUUGUGCAAUAUGAUAUGAGUAUUAUGAAUUAAUAUUAAUAGAGCUUUAGGAGAAGAUAUAUGGGCAGUAUUUCUCUGAGAUAUUUUCUGAGAAGAAGUAAAGUGGUAUUCAAACACUGAAGAAUAUUCUAAUAAUCCAGCAUGAUUUCUGCAUUUAGGCUGCAUGCAUUUUCUUUGGUCUGGAUUCUGUAUUGAUGUUAGCAUUUGAUUUUUCUCACAGUUGUUUUCAUUGCAGUAAAUACACAUUGGUAUUUCUAUUCAAUGUGCUCUUAAACUUUUGUCUUUUUUUGUAAUUUUUUAAAUGUCUCCUACUGUAGCACUCUUGUUGUGUUCAGAUGGUUUAGACUAGAUGCAUUUCCCUAUUAUCUCUUGAAAUAUUUUCCUCAUGUUUUCAACUGUAGAAACAAAUAAAGACUAUUAAUAGAUA